AUGUUGUUAAGUCAUCAAAAAAUACCUGGAACACCCCUGCAGACUUCGGAGGCGGUAAGGCCCUCCAAUAGUACCAGCCCCUUAACCGCCUUUACCUUUAAUACGAUCGGAAGAGAGCCGUCUUUGCUCAAGCGCAUCAGUACUGAAUCACAGGAGGACCUUCAAUAUCCUUCUUCCCCGGUUACUCCCUCCUCUUCUAGUCGUACUAUGCAAGAGACACACACUCGCUCCAGACCGUCAUUAUAUGACUUGUUGAGCCCUUCAAACAUUUCCACCGAAAAUUCAAACGACCAUUCAAGCCAUUCCAUCGCUUCUCCUGCCAUUGCCACCACAACUAUCGAAAGCAUUAUGGCUGUCCGGGACGGCGCUCCCGUCUUGACGGGACUUCUAUCUGCUGAGAGCUCUGCCACUUCCCCAAAUUCUCCUAACACUCUUUCACCCUCUCACUCCCGAGCUGGAAGCCAUCUCCCCCCUAUUUCGCAAGCAGACACAGAGUCGCGCGUUGCCUUCUCCGACCGUGUCGCAUCAUCUGAGUCGAGUCCAAUUACUACGAUUCUUCCUGUGGACGAGUCACAUUCCAAUAUGACCGCGGGAAGAUCAGCCACUGCGAUGCCUUCAAGUGGAAGUUUUUCCCAUUCUCCUCAAGAAUCGCGAUCCGCUGCAACAGAUCUCGUUUCGCUGAUAUCUGACGUAGCUCUUGAGAGAGCCGAGUGGACUGAGCUCGUCGGUCUCGUUAAUCGCUUUCAUGCGGAACAUGAAGAGUAUCUUCAUCGGAAUGAGGAAGCUAACCGGGCGCUGUUGCGGGAACGAGAACAAGCAUCCAAGAUGUUCGCCACGGUUACAUCUGCCUUUAAUCGACUCGAUCUAUUGCGGACGAAGCAAGAACGGCGUUUUGAGCUUCAGCAGCAAGAUGCUCAACGUGCCUUACGGCAAAAGCUACUCGAUGAUGAGGCUGAGGUCGCGCGCAAAGAGGCUGCCGAGAGGCAGCGACGGGUUAAGGCCCAGGAGGCCGAAAGAAGGGUCGCUCGCGAUGAGGAAUUGCGCAAGAACGCGGAAGAGCACGAAGCGCUACUGAGAGCUACAGAAGAAAAAACGCGCAAAACUGCUGCGGAGGAAGACGCAGUAAGACGUAAGGCCGAGGAAGACGUAGCUAGAUGUAAGGCCGAGGAAGACGCAGCUAGAUGUAAGGCCGAGGAGGACGCACGGCGCCAGGCUGCCGAGGAGGAAGAGGCUAAGUGCAAGCUGGCAGAAGAGGAAGAGGCUAAAUGCAAGCUGGCAGAAGAGGAUAGCGGACGAAUUGCUCAAGAAGAGAUGCUUCGUAAAGCUGCUCAAGAGGCUCAGCACGCUGAAGAGGCCAAAGUUUUCGCGGCUGAACAGGAAACACUCAGGAAAGAAGAACUGCAGCGUGCGCAGUACGAGGCAAAUAGAGCCAGAGUUGCUGCGAUGAAGCGAAAGGCUACUGAAGAAAACGCAGCGAGAGCUCGUGCUCAGCAAGAAGAGAAGAAAGCGCGUCCGCCUAAGGAAGAGGUUAAGGCAAGGUUAGAGAAGGAGAAGAAAGAAGCUCGCUCUCGAUCCUCGGAUACGCCUGUACUUGGUACAGGGCCUAUUCUUGGCGAUGCAACCGGGCUUAUGCCCCAGGAGCGUACUCCCCCUCAAACGUCUUAUGGACACAUCACGACGUCGCGAGAUGAGAUAUCUUUACGUUCAGCUCAAUCUGCCACCAAACCUCCUACUCAAUCCUUAACACCUUCCACAUCGCAUACGGGAGCAUCGACUUCCGAUACGCUGCAGUCUUAUUCUUAUCAACAUUCUCCUAUCACUGCCGUUCCGACUCUUCACCAAUCCGACCAUCCACACGUGUCUCCUGCAACGGCUGACAAUGGCGUAAAGAGUCUCGCGGUCUCUUUUCCGACACAAUCCGGAUCCGAUAUGGAGAUUUCGAAGCGUGAUAUUCCAGUUGUGAAGGCGGAGGUCGUUACUCCGGUUUUGCCCAAGAGUACUAAGAUCAAAGGUACGACCCAAGUAGUACCACUGGAGCCUCUUAUAAUUAAGAGAGAGCCAUCUCUUGAUGAUGAGCCGUUCAACAAGCCGGCAUCUCUUACUCCUCCAUCUUCGAACCCUUCAGGUCGCCCUUCUCACAUUUCCCCCAUCCUCACGCUCGCAGCACCGCAACGAGCCUUUGACAGUCAGCCUAUUCCCGCCACAGCUUGUGCAUUGCAGGGCGACAGAGGAGACGUUCAUCAAGCUGGUCCUGCGGGUACUUCGCGCGUGAACGCACCAAACUAUCAUAACGUCCGUGAUUCCGACAGUCGCAGUUUGACUCAUGGAAAUAUUGCUGGCAUAUCUAGUCGACCUCUUGCGCAGAGACUAUCUGGCGAAACUCAAAGUGAACAGUCACAAGUAGCCUUUGACGCUGACGUCGCUGGUAUUCGAGGCCAAAAGUCAAUUGCAUCGCCUCAAAUUAGAGCACCUGCUCAGGAGGCACGCAAAGCGCAAUCCAAACUUCCUCCUCGACCCGCAUAUAACCACCGUGUUGUGCAGCCACCUGUGCCAUCUUCUAACCAGGAGCAGAUGCGACGACAGUAUGAUCACUAUUCGCCACGACGGCCCGUCGCAGCCAAGGAAGGCUCUCCCGGAAUCGGAAAGCGUAACAGAGCCAAUGACGCAUGGGUUUCCGAUGAGCCUCCUACUCGACGAGCGAGGGUAUCUUCUGAAGAAGACUUUCCUCGCCGUUGGCCAGUAGAUCAAGAUUUGCGACCUGGACCAUCGGCACACCAUGACGCUCGGGCUAGAUUUCCUCAGCACACGGAUUAUCACCCCAAUGAACAUGUCGAUACAGCCGUACCUGGCUACUAUGAACGCGUCCAGCCUUCCGAUUAUGAUGCGUACCAUGCUGACCGGGAUUGGUAUCCCCAAUCCACGAUACAAGACGAUCACCUUCGUGCUAUACCUGGACCUACGACUCGCCACAAUCCUGAGCGAGCUGCAAUACAUACCCCAGAGAGCCCUAGAGCCAGAGACUCUUACAACCACGAGCAGCCUUCGACACUCCUCGCUCGUCUUACUAGCGGCAAUCAAUCAUCCCGCUACGGUGUACCUGCCCGAGUGGCAAAGAAUGGCAAUCGCAAUAGACAGUCUCCGCCGCGCGCACCUCAGCGCAGCCGCGGCGCAGCUCCGGUCUCAAAGCGAGGCCAUGCUUCUACAAAACCCGUCGGAAGGCAGCAGCAACAAUCCCACCAUCUUGGAUUGGAAUCUCGUCUGUCGGAGCGCUGA